UUGAAGGAUGGAAUGAGUUUAUAUUUUUGUUUACUGUGGACAUCUUUCACCAUGGUGAAGUUUGUGGCGUUCGAGUUGCUAACAUGAGAUAGGAAUGCUAUUUCUUUAACCAUUGGUAGUGGUAAUUAUGUUCUUGAUUUAGGCGGUGGGUAUAGAUUAGAAAAGGAUGUGGAUUUGAAUACUUAGUUCUUUAAUUCUUGAUGAAUGGCGAAUUGUGCAAUAAAUGUGGAGGAAACGCGAGAAUUUUACGUAUGUAAAUUCUGAGGGGGAGUUCAAUGGUAGGUUGUUGAAAUUUCAUUGUCUGUAAGGUUUCUUAGGCGUUUUCUUAGUUUCAUUGUAGUAAGGGGACCAGAAGAUAGAGGAUGUUUUUUUGUGGGGUUGGAUGUGAAGGUUAAUGAAGAAGAUUGAAACAACACCCUCUUUAGCUUCCUUUUUGCAUAAGAAGUUUAGUUCUUUGGAAUACCUUUAUGUUUAAGUAAUAAGAUUGGGAUAUUGAUUGCCUUCUUGUGCUGCUUUCAGCUUUGCCUAGAUAAGCAAUUGUCUUGUUCUACAGACAACUAGUCCUGUUGACUUCUUAGACUUCAUUAUUUUACACAUCACUUCUGGCUAUGUACUGAAAACUAAAGGUCUUUUCUCUCCCUUAACCACUCAUUCAGAUGAUUAGAGAAUUUGCUAAUUGUUAGAAGCAGUAGAUAUAGAUUUUCCAGUUCAUAAUCUAUUGCUGUAUGAAUACUUUUUGUCUAGGGAUUUUGCAGUACUUAUUUUGCUGAGGUGCAUCCCAUUCAGAUACAAGUCCUGUGAGGAAGAUUGUGAUGAUGAUCCCAUGAGAACUAUUGAAGUUCUCAUGAUCAACUCCCAAAGCGGACCUGGGCUUCUAUUUCCAAAGAAGGAGCUUGAAAAACAAAAUCUUCAUGCCAAAUUUCCAAAUAAGGGUGGAUGGGAGAAUGAUGAAACAGUCAAAGAGGCAGCUGUAAGAGAAGCUGUUGAAGAAGCAGGGGUUCGAGGAGAUCUUAAGAAAUUCUUGGGAUUCUAUUGUUUUAAGAGCAAAAGUCACCAAGAUGAGUUCAGUCCCGAAGGAUGGUGCAAAGCUGCAAUGUAUGCUUUGCUCGUCAAUGAGGAACUCCUUUCAUGGCCAGAACAAAGCACUCGAGAAAGAAAAUGGCUUCAUGUUCCUGAAGCGGUUGAGCAAUGCAGACAUAAAUGGAUGGAGGAUGUCCUCGAUGCGUUCUCAAAGUGGCUAGCCAACAAGGCUUUAGCAAUUGAAGAGGAAGAUCCUAUCUCUGCCCCUGCAUCACCUCACCUCGGAGAUAGUAUGUCGAUCCCGGACUAAUUUUUCUUUUGUCUGGGAAGAUAAGAAAAUGCUAGUGACGCUUUUCUCUCAUGAUGUUUUGGUCAUGAAUAGUCUGAAGCUUCUUUUAUUUACUUCUAACCUUGUAUUUCCCUUUAGCAAAGAAUCUAAAACUAUGUUUACUGCCUUUUUUGGUUUGUGUAUACUCUUGAGAGUCAGGAUUUUGUUGUGCACUGGCUCACUGUGUUUGCGGUUUUGAACCAUCUGUUGACUCAUGAACCCCUGUUUUCUGUUC